AUGGCGGAGAUGCUCCUGAAGGCACAAAAGUACAUGAAUGCAGAAGAUGCCCUAGCUGCCAUAAAAGAUACAGAAAGGCCAGGAGACAAGGCCAAGAGGGAAGACGACCGUAGAGGGCAGAAGAGAGAUCGAUCGGACCGUCGAAACAAUGACGGGAAUAGGAGGAAGGACGAUAAAAAUCCUCGGACGAACAAGUAUUGCCGGUUCCACAGAGACCAUGGCCACCUCACAGAGGAUUGCAGAGAUCUAAAGGAGCAAAUAGAAGAGUUAAUACGGAAAGGGAAAUUACAAAAAUAUGUAAAGAAAGGAGAAUAUAGCAAGUUCAGGGACGACAGUAAAAUCCAGCAUGAAGCCUUCUUGCGGGAUGACAACCAUACGUCCCAGCCUCCACGAAAGGUGAUCGGGGAGAUAAACACGAUCACAGGGGGACCAUUCUCAGGAGGAUCGUUUAGAUCACUCAAAAAGGCAUACCAUAGACAGGUGAACAGCGUCCACGCCAUGCCUCCGUCCAAGCACAGACGAACAUACCAAGAUAUGUCUUUUAGUGAAGGAGACGCCAUGGGAGUGAAGCAGCCCCACAAUGAUCCCCUGGUUAUAAUGCUGAAUAUCGAAGGGUUCAAUACCAAAAGGAUCCUCGUUGAUAACGGAAGCUUCGUGGACAUCAUCUACUUCCCAGCCUUCCAGCAACUGAGAUUAGACCCAAAAAGGCUUCGCCCUUUUAAUUCUCCCCUCGUCAGUUUCAGUGGAGACAGGGUUUACCCCAGGGGCAUAGUAACGUUAACGGUGACGGCAGGGACCUAUCCAGUACAGUUGACCAAACAAGUAGACUUCCUGGUAGUAAAUUGUCCCUCAUCCUACAAUGUCAUCAUUGGGAGGCCCACCCUCAACAAGUGA